AUGAGCGAUAAGCUAAACCUCACGCGCGAUGAAUGCGCCAGCCGUAGCAAGCAAGUGAAGGUCGACACCUACAAGAUCGAGCUCGACCUCAGCGACAUCAAUGACGCCAAGACGACCACCUUCGCAUCCGUGUCGACGAUCAAGUUCACCUCGACUGGCCCCUCGACUUGGCUUGAUUUGGUUGCCGACAGUCUCACCAGCGUCACCGUAAACGAUGCUCCUCUUGAGGUCCAGUAUGACGGCGCGCGGGUGGCAAUCAAUGGUCUCAAGAGCGGCGAAAACACGGUCACCGUCGCAGCCCGCUGCGUCUACAGCCGUACUGGCGAAGGCCUCCACCGCUUCACCGACGUUGUCGACGGCAAGACCUAUGGCUACACCCACUUUGAACCUACCGACGCUCGCAGGGUCUACGCAUGCUUCGAGCAGCCCGACCUCAAGGGCCGCUUUACGUUUCUUGUCAAGGCCCCGAUCGGUUCUGAAGUGUUUGGCAACCAGUCUGUGGCAGCGGCCGUGGUUGGCGACAACGACCAGACAAUCACCCUUGUGCCUACCCUCCCAAUCUCGACUUACCUUACCGCGAUUGCCGUUGGGCCAUAUCACGUCGUCCGCGACAGUUGGAGCAAGGGCGGACUUGAGGUUCCCCUCUCUGCCAUGUGCUGUAGCUCAAUGGCUCAGUACCUCGAGGCCGACGAGAUCUUCCGCAUCACCAAGCAGGGUCUCGAUUUCUUCGAUGAUGCCUUCAAGUACCCUUAUCCUUGGGGCAAGUACGAACAAGUCUUCCUCCCGGAAUACAACAUUGGCGCCAUGGAGCACGUUGGACUUGUCACGCUGCGCGCUGAUUCGUACCUGUUCCGCGGAACAGCCAGCACCGCCCAGCGCGAGUCACGCGCAGAGGUCAUUUUGCACGAGCUCACUCAUAUGUGGUACGGAAACCUGGCCACCCCAUGCUGGUGGAACGACACUUGGCUCAAGGAGUCGUUUGCCGACCUCCUUGGGUACCUUGCUGCCACCGAGGCCGCGGGCUUUGAGGGCUCUUGGAUCACUUUUGCGCUCUCCCGCAAGCAGUGGGCCUACACCCAGGAUAUCCUCCCUACGACCCACGCCAUUGUUGCCGACAUUCCCGACCUCGAGGCUGCUCGCCAGAACUUUGAUGGUAUCACGUACGCCAAGGGUGCCUCCGUGAUCAAGCAGUUGAUGGCCUAUACUGGCCGCGACGCCUUCUUCGCUGCCUCGCAGGCAUAUUUCAAGAAGCACGCGUUUGGUGCCACUACCUUGGAUGACUUCAUCCAAUGCCUCAAGGAGGCCUCGCCUGCCGAUCUUUCGAAAUGGGUGCCUUCGUGGCUCGAAACUACUGGGCCCUCGGUCAUCACCACCGUUCGCGAAGGCGACAAGCUCUUUGUGACCACCGAGUCUGUCGACGUUCUCAGCCAAAAGCCUGUCACCCGUAACCACCGCGUGACUGUCUCAACCUUUGCCCGUGGAAAGGGCGAGGUGGAACGCACCGCCAGCGUCUCGGUGCUUCUGGACCAGCCCCGCGUCGAGGUUCCCCUGCCCGCUGGUACCGUUGUCGACCUCGCCAUUGCCAACGACGAAGACCUUACCUACGCUCUGCUCCGCUUUGACGAGGCGUCCGUGCAAGUCCUCGUGGAGCAGAUCUCGACUAUCGACUCAACCAUUACCCGCGCGGUUGCGUGGUCGGCACUGUGGAACAUGGUCCGCGACGCCAAGCUCCACCCCUCGCAGUUCCUCAAGGCCGUCCACAACAACGCCGGGUCCGAGACCGACUCGGGUAUUCUCGCCCUCGUCCUCGGCUAUGCCAAUGGCGCCAUUUCUGUCUACCUCCCUCCCUCAUCCCACGACGCUGCCGCCGACCAGCUCAUCGAGACCCUCUACACCGGUCUGCGCGAGGCUCCUGGCGGUUCCGACCUCCAGCGCGCUUGGUCAUCUGCCCUUGCCUCGUUUGGCAGUCACAGCAAGAAGCAGGGUGUUGCACCUCUCCGUAACGUCCUGGAUGGCGACAUUGCCGGUCUCGAGCUCACUCCGACCCUGCGCUGGAGCCUGCUCGCCGCUCUCGCGGCCCUUGGUGCCGCAGACGAAACCGAGCUCCAGGCCGAGUACCACAAGGACAAGACGAUGAACGGUGCCACCGCCCUCGCCCGCGCCCUCGCGUCCAUGCCUGGCUCUAGCACCAAGAAGCGCGUCUUUGAGGAACUUUCAGAGGGCCAAGACCUCACCAACGACCGCCAGGGUGCCCUCAUCUCGGGCUUCAAUGCCGGCGACGUUUCUGACCGCGUCCCCUUCGACGGUCUCUAUUUUGAGCUGCUUACCUCGUGGUGGCAGUCCAAGAGCAUGACCAUGGCGUCGCGCCUUGUCAAGGGCCUCUUCCCUAGCACAACGAUCGAAUAUGGCCCCAUUGGCGAGAACGCAGUGGAGAAACAGGCGGCCUUGUGGCUCACCGAGAACAAGAACGCGCCCGGCGCCUUGCGCCGUAUCGUCAUCGAGUCGUUGGAUAACACGAAGCGCCAGCUCCGUGCCCAGGCACUUUGA